GUUACCUCUUUCGGCACAGCUGAAAUACUUUAUGCACUACAAGGUGAAAGUGAGGAGACUUUUGGGUGAGAAAAGAGCAGACGACAUCAUAAGAAACGCUAUAUUUGUUUUAAGUAUGGGCACAAACGACUUUCUCCAAAACUACUACUUGGACCCAUUUCGCCCCAGCCAAUACACUCUCAACGAGUAUCAGAAUUUCCUCGUCUCUCGCAUGGCUGACAAUAUUAAGGAAAUGCAUAGGCUUGGCGCGCGAAGAUUAGUGGUGGUAGGAGUUCCACCCCUGGGGUGCAUGCCUCUGGUCAAAACGCUUCAGGACCAAACUACAUGUGUAGAAAGUUACAACAAAUUGUCUCUCUCAUUCAAUUCCAAGAUAAGGUUCAAGCUCAGCUCCAUUAAAUCUACUUUGCGGAUGAAGGUCGGCUUCGUCGAUGUGUACGGUAUUGUAGUUAAUGCCAUGAACAACCCACACAAAUAUG